UCCUGUCAUGGUGGGAAUGUGUAUGUUUUCAUUGCCGCGAUCUUGAAUUUUGCAGAAAUACAUCAGUGUCGUAAUAAUAAUAAAAAAUAAAAUUACAGGCUGACGCUGAUAUUCACAUAUACACUUAUCUCAACGUUGUAAACCCGAGAAAUAGUUCGUGAUUAUUCGUAAAGCGAUUUUAUCAACAUCGUGCAUUUUUGGUCAACGUAACAUCGAAAAUAUACUGUUUUGAUCUUGUUGGCUCAACGUGCUCCAAAGUAAUCGUAAUCGUCGAUAUGAUGGUUGAAUUAGUGUUAACAGUUUCGAUGUAUAGGACAGCUAGCUGAUAUCAUGUGAUUGUUAUAUUUACCAGUACAAACAAUUCUAGUUUCACUAUGCAUCUAAGUAUUUUAGAUAGGCCUCCGUUUUCUUUAAUCAUCACAAAUUACGCGUGUUGUGGUGCAAUUAAUUAGUGCAAUAAUGAUUUAAAUAAUGAGUUCUUAACCGAAGUAGCGGUUAUACUACUGCAUGUGGCUGUUGUAUCGUGUUGUGUCAUGUGAAGAACAAACAGGAAACUAGAAUUGCAGCAGCUAUGGAACAUGAAACAAUUGGUUGGGUGAAAAAAGAAGUGAUGCAAUUGGAACCUAGCUCCACGCUCCUAGAAGAGCCAUCAGGAAUCACAACUUCAAGUGAUUAUGUAAAAAUGGAUCCAGAACUAAAAGUAGAAGUGACUGCUACUGAAUGGAAUGUUUAUCCACUUGCUGUUGAUGCACUUUCCAACUGUGAUUUACGGAGCAUUAAGAAAGAGGUUCCUGAAGAGCCAUUAGCAGUCUCAGAGUUCACUAGCUGUUUUAAAGAGGAACCAGACGUAGAUUUAGGGAUCGACACAACUGACAGUAAUGUCGUCUCAAAUGUCCAAUGGAAACUACGUACUUCUUCCUUCUGCAGUGCAAGUAAUAUGAGCAUGAUGGGGAAUAACUUUGGUGACUUCACCUGUAGUACAUGCCUACAAAGAUUUUCAUCAAAAUACAGCCUCAUAAUGCACGUGUUCAUUCAUAUUGAUGCUGUGGAUGUGCCAUCACAUGUUUGUAGAUGUUGUGGUGAAGUGUUUCACAGUGAUAAUUGUCUGAAUAAGCACAUGAUGAAAAAAGAGGAAGAUAGGACUCUAAUUGCUCACCCACUUGCUGACACCAGGAAGUUACAUAAAUGUAGUGGUAUGUGUUCAUGUGGGCAGUUUACAAACAUUGAUCAUAUAUCACAGAGGUGCUAUAGUGAACCCGAUAACUACUCUCUUUGUCGAAACAACUCUAAAUUAGUUUCUACAUGCACAGUACACACAAAGCCAUACAAAUGUGGCAAAUGUUGCAAAUCCUUUGCUUAUGCUUCUCGUCUCCAAGCCCAUGCUGUAGUGCAUUCUGGAAUAAAGUCAUACAAAUGUGAUGUUUGUGGCAAACUGUUUGCAAGAUGUGAUCAUCUUAAAAAUCACAAAUUAGUGCAUUCUAAAGUAAAGUCAUACAAAUGUGAUGUUUGUGGCAAACUGUUUGCUAGAGUUCAUAAUCUCAAGAAUCAUGCUUUAGUGCAUUCUGGAGUGAAAUCAUACAAAUGUGAUACUUGUGGCAAAUUGUUUGCUCGAGUUCAUAAUCUCAAUGCCCAUGCAGUAAUGCAUCUUGGGGUGAAAUCACACAAAUGUCAUGUUUGUGAAAAAUUGUUUACUAGAAUUGAUAAUCUCAAAAGCCAUAUCCUAUUGCAUUCUAAAGUGAAGUCACAUAAAUGUAAUGUUUGUGGCAAAAUGUUUGCUAGAGCUGAUUAUCUCAAAUACCAUGAGCAAGCACUGCAUCCUGGCAUGAAACCACAUAAAUGUGAUGUGUGUGGCGAAUCUUUUGCUACCCUUCGUGAUGUCAAGUACCAUUUAUUAGUACAUUCUGGGGCAUAAUCACGGCAGUGUAAUGUCCAUCAUAAUUACUGGAGUUGGUGUACUUAAUGUCCAUUUAGUAGCGCAUUCUCAUAUGAAGGAAAUCUUUUGCAAGGAUUUUUUAUCUCAAAAUUCAUAUGCUAGAUGCAUUCUUAAAUUAAGAGACAUAUAGCUUCAGAUAAAAUAAUGAAAGAUGCUCAUACUAGUUGUGUGCACACAAAGUUUGCACUUAGUUAAUUGUUUGAACAUUAUUGCGAGAUUUGCCAUGGGAGUUUUAUUUGUGUGUGUGAAUGUGUCCUUCUUUGUCACAAUAAAUAUCCAUAUUUUUUUGUGACACAUAUAUUUUGUAUGUGUAAGCAGAGGAAAGUGGAUAUAAAAAAGAUGAUCUCUGUUUCUGUAGUUUUGUUCCAUAACUUGUUUAUAGCAUUGAUGUGCAGCUGUUCGAAGAUUCUGGCAAGCAUGCUUAAGAUUAAUAUUUGAGUCCUUUUAUUUGUCUAAAAGGAUAGAAAAGCAUGUGUGCAGUGGGAGACUUGUACCGGAAUGUGUAGUUAGUUAAAAAGUACCAUAUAAUGUUAAAAUUCAGUUCCAGGACUGACUUUUGCCAUGCCCAAUGUUUCUUGUAAUACGUAAAGUACA